AUGAUAUCCUCAAGUUAUUCUGGGGGAUCUGAGGAAUCGGGAUCCUUAUGGCUCGACAAGGCAGAGGAAUUGAGCUCCUCUUUUAGAUAUACAUCUUUAAAGCGAGAUCAGUUACAUCACAGCCCGGUUUCGGUGUUUCAGGGCCCAACAACUAGUACAAUUGGAUCGAGUUCUCGAAGCUCACCCGUGAGAAUUAGCGGGGAUUUGCAUUCAAUAAGGUAUGGGAGUACAGGUUCAUUCGGUAGGUUCGUGACCCGCGCGUUGAAUUCUUUUGUGGAUUAUGAUUCUUCACCUACGGGUUUUGAUGUAAAGCAUUUCGAUCCUUUUGUCUCAUCGAAUGUAUUGGUAGAUGAGCUCACGUUUAACUUGGAGGAUAAUUUCAUAGAGUUGGAUAUCCCGCCUUAUGCUAAAGACUUACUUUAUGAUGCUCAGUCGAGACAUGUGAUCUUCCGGGAUGAUUUUGUUAUUAAGGCGUUUUACGAAGCUGAAAAAGCUCACAGAGGCCAGAUGCGGGAAAGUGGGCAUCCUUAUUUGCAGCAUUGCGUGGAGACGGCAGCUUUGCUGGCUACGAUUGGGGCUAAUUCUACAGUUGUUGCUGCGGGGCUUUUGCAUGACACGGUUGAUGAUUCUUUUAUGACUUAUGAUUAUAUUUCGAAGACAUUUGGAGCUGGGGUUUCUGAUUUAGUUGAAGGGGUGUCUAAAUUAAGUCAAUUAAGCAAGCUUGCACGGGAUAAUAACACUGCCAGUAAAAGUGUGGAGGCAGAUCGAUUGCAUACCAUGUUCCUUGCAAUGGCAGAUGCUAGGGCUGUUCUGAUAAAACUGGCUGAUCGAUUGCAUAACAUGAUGACUUUAGAUGCAUUACCUAUAAUUAAACAACAAAGAUUUGCUAAGGAAACUUUGGAAAUAUUUGUUCCGCUAGCCAAUCGAUUAGGGAUCUCUACUUGGAAGGAGCAGCUAGAAAACCUCUGUUUUAAACAUCUGAAUCCAGAUCAAUACCAGGAAUUGUCGUCAAAACUUGUCAAGUCCUUUGAUGAGGCUAUGAUUACUUCUGCUGACUACAUCUUACAUCCCAAGUGUAAUGGGUACCAAUCACUACAUACAGUUGUAAGAGGUGAGAGUGUGGUUCCCCUUGAAGUUCAAAUUCGAACAAAAGAGAUGCAUUUGCAAGCGGAGUAUGGAUUUGCUGCACAUUGGAGGUACAAGGAAGGUGACUGUAAACACUCUUCGUUCAUUCUUCAGAUGGUUGAAUGGGCACGUUGGGUCAUCACCUGGCAGUGUGAGGCUAUGAAAAAAGACAGCUCAUCGAUUGGCUUUGUUGAAUCCUUGAAGCCGCCUUGCACAUUCCCUAUACAUACUGAGGGUUGCCCGUUUUCUUGCAGACCUCAGUGUGCAUCUGAUGGACCCAUCUUUGUAAUCAUGAUUGAGAAUGAAAAGAUGUCAGUUCAAGAGUUCCCAGCAAACUCUUCUGUCAUGGAUUUGCUGGGAAGGGCUGGUCAAGGUAGUUCUAGAUGGACACCGUAUGGAUUCCCUCUUAAGGAGGAGCUAAGGCCUCGGCUGAACCAUGAACAAGUCAAUGAUCCCACCUGCAAGUUAAAAAUGGGCGACGUGGUUGAAUUAACUCCAGCCAUACCAGAUAAGUCUUUAACAGAGUGCCGGGAGGAGAUACAGCGCAUGUAUAAUCGUGGUGUUACUAUGUCAAGCGCAGUGCCUGCUGCCAGUACUAGGAAAAGGUGUUGCGCGGAGACUUGCCAUCUAAGUACAAACAUAAGCAUGAUCAAAAUUCCGGCAAGUCCCCUAGAGGAAUUUCCGAUUCUGAGCAAUGCCAACUCGUACGGAGCGACUGAUGCUCUACUUCCUCUCUGCAUUGGAUUAGAUGAUGUCUGCCUUUAUGGCUACAAUCAAUCCCGCAAGCACCACAGGUUGCAUUCUUUGGAGGAGGUGGCCGGAAGCCUUUCUUUGAAGGGGCUGAGGUGGCGUGGAGAAGGUUGGGGAAGCCACAGGGAAUCAGAAGGAGGUGGUCGAGAAGGCACUAGGCAGGAACAUAGAUGGUGGAGGCAGAGUUGCAUUCUUGGAGGAGGUGGCCGGAUGCCUUUCUUUGAAGGGGGCAGAGGUGGGCGUGGAGAAGGUUGGGGAAGCCACAGGGAAUCAGAUGAGGUGGUCGAGAAGGCAGGAACGGAGAUGGUGGAGGCAGAGUAUUGGAAAGGAUAUUGGGCUAACUUAACGUAA